AUGUUCUUCCUUCCUUUGAUUUUGGCUGCCGGCAGCUUUUCCACACUCAUUUCAGGGGCUCCUGUCCUGUCCUUUCUCUCCAAUGGUGUCUCACAAAAAGCCUCUCCUUCCUUAAAAGAGCGCGGUGGAUACGUAGUCUAUGGCGGCACUGGAGAUAUUUCCAGUGGCUGGCCAGCUUCCCGUUCAUGGUUAAGUUUUGAUACCCUAUUUACCGCCAACACGGACAACAUCCAAAACAGCUGUUCCCAAUGGAAUGUUGCCAACCCCUCUACCGACGAAAUCAGCGACAUCAAGAGCGCCAUCACAUCCGUCGCCGCAUCCACCGGCGUCGACUCUCGUUUCAUUCUCGCAAUUAUCAUCCAAGAAUCCAACGGAUGCGUUCGAGCCCCCACCACCAACUACGGUGUGAGCAACCCAGGUCUCAUGCAAAGCCACGACGGCACAGGAACUUGCCAUGACCCCUCUGUCCAGAACCCAUGUCCUCAAUCCGAGAUUACUCAAAUGAUCCAAGAUGGUGCGGGAGGAACUAGUGCCGGGGAUGGCCUGAAGCAAUGCAUCGCAAGCUCUGGAGCUACCGAUGACAGCAAGUACUUCAAAGCCGCCCGCAUCUACAACUCCGGCUCCAUCGAUUCAAGCGGAAACCUCGGCGCGGGUAUUGCUACUCACUGCUAUUCUUCCGAUCUCGCCAACAGACUUACUGGCUGGACCGGAACCUCAAGCGGCUGCUCUGAAGGCACAAUCGGCACCAUCACCGGCGUAUCUGGUGGAGGAGCCAGCAGUGGCUCUUCAUCUUCCGCAGCAGUAUCAGUAGCAGUCCCAACCUCUUCCACCGCAUCAUCCGCAGCAAAGUCAUCGACCGUCCCCAGCUCUACAGCCUCGGCCACCAAACCCACAACAUCUGCCGGGGGUAUCUUCCAACAGGAGCCUUCCACCACUUUAUCUUCUGUAGCGACUUCCGCCGCUUCUUCCAUUCCAGCUUCGACCGCAACCACAACAGCAACCACGACCGCUGCGACCGUUUCCUCGGCAGCUACAGUUACGGCUACAGCUACAGCUACAUCUACUACGCCCGCAGCUGCAACCGCAACUUCAAGCACCCCCGUCUCGUCGACAGCCGACAAGUACCCAUACGCAACAUCCUCCUGCAAGAGCUGGUACACGGUCGUCGCGAACGAUUACUGCGAGCUCGUUGAGCAGAAAUUCGGCAUCACGGCCGCCGAGUUGCAGCAGUGGAAUGCGCAGCUUGAGGACGAUUGCUCGAAUCUCUGGUUGGGAUACCAGUACUGUGUUAGCGCUUAA